AUAUAAUAACAUUUAACAUAUGGAUAUGAUAUUUAAAGAAAUUUUAGUGAUCCUUUUGUUUUUACAUAAACGUUUGAAAUACUCAAUUUAAACGUAAUGUAAUUACUUCACAAGGAAUAAAAGUAUUAUUGCGAGAGAUUGUUUGAUUAAUGUGAUUAUUUAAUGGUAUUGGAAGGAUGCGCAGAUUCUGCGUCGAAGCGAACGAAAGCAUCGACAUAGUUCAUGGUGGGGACUGGGGACGACUGGGCAAAUGACGCGGGCGAAAGGGAGAUGCUGCUGGACCAAAAUCUGGUCUCAGUCGUGCGCGACGCGCCAUAUGCGGUGGAGCAUUUGUCAGCCCGGUCACAAAGGCCAAUAAUCUCGCGUGACACGUGUGCCUCCCCCGAUAAAAAGCGUUACGUGUCGCGCUGCGUUCGUGGAAAGCGUUUUCCGCUGCGAUAGAGGGAAAUCAGACAUCGUUCGAUGCGGUCGGCACAAGAUCAACGCGACAAAAUCAACAAUCACGGUGUCAAAUUGUUACCAUCAACUCUGUUAUUUUUAUUUCAAAUAUUAAAUUCAAACAUUAAAUUCGUGAAAGUUCCUAUUUGUUUAUAAGUUUAACUAGAUUAAUUUCGUGAUUAAAUCGAUCAUAGCCGCGAUUUAAAUUUGACAAACUCGCGAGAUGUUUUCAUUAUCCUGUAAUUCAGACCAAAGCACGUGGUACACGUCGAGAGUAAAGUGCGAAGAACGUCGUAGGAAACCCUGCGAUUUGAAAUAAAUGAUAAACGUCCCUCUCUCGGGUGCUAUUCGCUGCCUUUGCGAAGGGUGGGUCUCCACGAUGAAGAGUGGAAAAUAAAUAAAACCGGAAGACGAAGCGGCACUGGGAGAAAGACGUGAGGGAAGCAGGACAAACCACGCCGUGAUACACCACGGCUAAGAUGAGAUCAGAAACUGCGUUGUACCUGUUAUCGCUGCUGACCCUGUCGCUCAGUGAACUUUCAUGGGCUUCCGCCGAGAUCAGAGGAUGCAAUCGUACCAUCAGAAAUUCUGUCGGAUGGAUUCGCUGGACAGGACGGAUGGGUCGAUGCAUCGUGCGAAUCAGGGCACCACUCAGGGAUCCACAGGUGAUCGAAGUAAAAGUCAGAAGAUUGCAAGUGGGCUUCCUGAAGGAGGCUCGAUGCGAGGGAGCGUAUUUUCAAUUUUCAGACAGUGUCGGUGAUCCUGACGAUGAAACAGGCCGAUAUUGCGGUCACGUCACCGGAAAUACCACGAGGCUAUUUCUGCGUCGUGGACCGGAUCUGACGAUUAUCCUGUCAUCGGAUGCUCAAUUUGCCUCGGCGAAUCCGGUCAUUUUUUCCGCGCAAUUCUCCAUUCUACCAGUCCGUCUGGCUGUCGAACGUCAUCGCGGUUACUCCGCGUCCUCAUCACCCACGUGUCCUAUGGAAUGCACCGUGCGCAACGAGCGCAAAUCCUGCAAACUGACUUCGCCGGGUUAUCCCAGCGUUUAUCCACGUGGCAUCAGAUGCAGGAUUGCUUUGGAAUCAAGCAUCGGACGUUUCAGGAUAGGAGGUCAGCCCGAGGACCUUUUCGAUUUGAUGAACUACACCGAUCAGGAGAGCUGUCAGAUAGAGAAUUGCGAGGAUGCGUUUGAGCCCAAGGGAAUCAGCCAAUCGUUCUCAAUGCUUGGGAGGGUUGCGAGGAGUCGGGAUCGCGUCGAGACGGAUGAAUCUAUUAUCGAAGAUAAUCAAUCGGGAAACAAAAACAAUGGUCAGAUAUCCGCGAUGGAACGUGCCGAGGAAACGAGUGGGCAAUUAACGAAGCGGAGGCACUACGAAAAGAAAGCGAUGCUGAGGUAUAAAGAAAGGCAAUAUCAUCGCAAAGAGCUGCUGGAUGGGUCCAAUGUCAGUGAGCCGAGACUUCGCAUAAAAUCAAUGCAUUCGAAGAUAACGAGAAAGGACCAGCGAAGGGUCGUCCCAAACCGUUAUUUCAACGGCGACUCCGAAGGGCUGAAUGAAAUGGAUGGUAUGAAGAUACCAGAACAUAAAUAUAUUACGGGAAAUCGAUCGUCGGGAAAUGCUGUCAUGUGCGGCGGCGGCGACUAUCUUGCACUUCUGGAAAACGUGAACGGAAAGAUCUUCGAGAUCUCCAAGUUCUGCGGCAGCGGCCGGGUGCCGCGUAUCUACUCGCGCGGGAAGAACGUGAUCCUGGAGUUCUUCGCGCGGCAUGACGGCACAGUGACUCACGACGGUUUUCAAGUGACCCUGCAGGAAGAACGCAUGUCGCAAGAGAUGAGACAUGCGAGUUGCGAAUUUGUGUACAGGAGUACCGAACGUAACGGCAGGGAGAACAUUAAAUCACCGCGAAAUUGGUAUCCGCCGAAUACCGUGUGCACUUACAAAUUCCUCGGUAAGAGCAUGGAGAAAGUCUCCAUCCACAUAAAGAUUCUCAGAAACGAGUUCGAGGGUAAGCCGGAAACUAAGCGAAACUUUAGCAAAAACGAUUGCCCGGGUAAUGAGAUCACCGUUUACAACGGAGCGCAGACGAACAGCAGCUUACUGAUGUGGUCUUAUUGCGAUACAUCUCACUGGGACAUCAACAACAUCCAAGUACCUUUGAUGUCUAGCGGAAACGAAUUAUUGAUCCAGUACUACAGCGCCAAGGGGUCCUACGAUGGUCAAGGAUUCACUUAUGUUAUAUCCUACCGAUUCAUCAGGAAGGGGCAGAAUCACCUCAGUGGUGCGAGAAGUAAAUACAAAUCGAUUUCCUUGCGACCAGUCAACCUGUCGACGCUCAAUCUCAACGACACCGACAGCUACAACUGCGACAAUAGAAUCGGCAUGUUCAAGAAUUGGUUUGCAGUGCUGGUGGUUUUCGGCAUCGUGUCAUUUAUCGGAGCCGUUGUCACGAUAAUCGCUCUUACGGCCAAAUGCUUAAAAAGCAAAUCCUCUGAGAGAAAACUGCUGCAAAAUACGAAACAGUGAACCUCCCCUAUAGUUCGUUAUCUAUCGAUUUUGAUAACGCAAACCAAAAAAGCAAUCGAAAAGAUCUCAGGAUUUUAUUCGCGAAAUGACGAAAUAACUAGCGCCGCGCAAAAAUGAAGCAAGGUCCCACCGAGAUUUGAACUCGGAUCGCUGGAUUCAGAGUCCAGAGUGCUAACCAUUACACCAUGGGACCUUCGUGAUUUUUCUUUGCACCCUUAACUGACACAUGUAAAUAUUCGCGAAAAAAUAUAUGCGAAGUGUGUCAUGAAAAAUUAUUCAGAACGUGCAAAUAAGUCACGUGGAAAUCAAUCUAAUACCAUGAACGUUUCGACAUAUCAUAAUAAAGAAAAUAUUUCUUUCUUUCCAA